ACCAGAAACCAAGCUGCAAGUCGGAAGCUCGAGGCCCCAGGAGGUUCCGACAGUAACAAAGGGAAAAGUAAGAAAUGGCGAAAAAUACUACAAUUUCCGCACAUAUCUCAAUGUAUACACCUCAAAGACAAAAUAGAUGUAAGUUAUGACUACGUAAUAGAUCAUCAACCGAUCGGUCGAAUAUUGUUCCGGUCAUUUUGCGAAAACAAACGUCCAAUUUAUUACAGGUAUAUUGAAUUUUUGGAUCAGGUGCAAAGGUACGAAGUUGAAUACGAUGAAAAUCGAAUAACAAUCGCUAAAGAAAUUGGCACACGCUUUCUCGACAUAGAAUGCUCAAGAACAACAAAAAGUGGAACUGAGAACAACGAGAACCACCAGAAAUGCCUUAAGACAACCGGUACGGCGGAGGAAAAGAGCAAAGAUGCAGGAGGUGCGGUAGAUACUGGAGAUGAUAAGGGCGGUGGGGGAAGGACGGCUCAAGACGACACUAUAGACGGGAACUGCGUGGAAAUCAGUCGUGAAAAUGAAAGUUCUCAGCAGCAGCAGUCUAGCGCUUUAGAUAAGGAAAAUUCUUUAGUAUUAGACGUCCUAAACGAUGAUAUUAUAACAAAAGUUCAAGAUAGAAUUACCACUGGCAGCAAGGAAUUGUUUGAACCAUGUGUAAAUGCAGUUAAAUCAUUUCUAGCUGGAGAACCUUUUAGGGAGUUUGAAACCUCAAUGUACUUUCAUAGAUAUUUACAGUGGAAGUGGUUAGAAGCGCAACCUAUCACUUAUAAAACGUUCCGUAUGUAUCGUGUUCUAGGAAAAGGCGGUUUUGGAGAAGUCUGUGCAUGUCAGGUACGUGCAACAGGAAAAAUGUACGCUUGCAAGAAACUCGAGAAGAAACGCAUUAAAAAACGUAAAGGCGAAUCGAUGGUUCUGAUCGAGAAACAAAUAUUGCAGAAAAUCAACUCGCGGUUUGUAGUGAAUCUUGCAUAUGCAUAUGAAACCAAAGAUGCUUUGUGCCUCGUACUGACAAUAAUGAAUGGUGGCGAUUUAAAAUUUCAUAUUUACAACAUGGGGGGAGAGCCUGGAUUCGAUUUGGUACGAGCGCGGUUUUAUGCUGCCGAAGUGGUUUGCGGUCUAGAACAUCUACAUCAACAAGGUAUUGUUUAUCGUGAUUGCAAACCAGAAAACAUCCUAUUAGAUGAUCAUGGACACGUGCGUAUAUCCGAUUUGGGAUUGGCUGUGGAAAUUCCGGAAGGUGAAAUGGUUAGAGGACGUGUUGGAACCGUUGGAUAUAUGGCACCCGAAGUGAUCGAUAACGAAAAGUAUUCAUUCUCUCCUGAUUGGUUUAGCUUUGGAUGCUUACUCUACGAAAUGAUUGAAGGGCAGGCGCCUUUUCGCAUGCGGAAGGAGAAGGUUAAACGUGAGGAAGUAGACCGUAGAGUAAAAGAAGAUGCAGAAAAGUAUUCCCUGAAAUUCAGUGAUGACGCGAAGUCUCUAUGCCAGCAACUUUUAGCGAAAUCCGUAAAAAAUCGCCUCGGAUGUCGAAAUGGCCGAUAUGGGGCGCGAGAAGUGAAGUUGCAUCCUAACUUCAACUGCUUGAAUUGGAAGCGGUUAGAAGCAGGCAUGGUUGCACCCCCUUUCGUGCCCGAUCCACACGCUGUAUACGCCAAAGAUGUACUCGAUAUCGAACAAUUCUCAACGGUCAAGGGUGUAAACAUUGACGAAUCUGACUCAAAUUUCUAUUCAAAGUUCAAUACUGGUUCGGUUUCGAUAUCGUGGCAAAACGAAAUGAUCGAAACGGAUUGCUUUCGCGAAUUGAAUGUGUUUGGGCCAAAUGAAUGCCCAACGCCCGACUUACUCAUAGACGCACAACCAGUGGACGAAGCACCAGGAUGCUUUCCGUUUCGGCGAAAGAAGAAACAGUCCGCACGCACACGUCCUAUUCCCAUUCCUGAACAUUUGCUUACUAGUCACAGUGUUUCUUCGAUGCCUUCGGAAAGCUGAUAAAUGAAUACUACCGCGAGCUUUUAUACUAUAACCUUGCAGAGAGGAACGUAGCCGACUCGGAUAAACGAGGAAAGAAAUAAAGACUUAAUCGUGGAUUAACUUUAAGCUAUUUAUCACAACCAUUGAACAUUAUUCUUUUAUAAAUAGACAUUUUCAGUGAAUAAACAAACACGCACGUUGAUAUCAUCCCAUAAUUAGAUAUUACAGCAAAUUUAGCUCGAAUAUAACUAUAGGCAAAUAGUAAUACCCACAGACACUGUGAGAACUUGAACUGAACUUAAAAGCAUAAAAGCCAGCUCGAUUAUAUUAUAUACACGUACUUUUGGUAAGUCCUUUGUGGGCGUUCACUUUUUGCAACAUGACAAAAGAAAGGAUUUUUGUCAGAUUAAACUAUUUUUGUGAAAUGUGCGCAUCAGAACUCAACACGAGAAAUUUUUACAGUCCCGAACUCAAAGAAGUAUCAUUUUAAGUCGACAAUCCAUGAGCAGAAAUUUACACAUGAAGGAUUUCCUGCAAGCAUUCUUAAUACGCACAUAUUAUAUUUCAUUCGACUACCGACAUUAUUUUCAAUUCUGUGAAAGGAAAAUGAAAUUAUACAUUUAGUUACAAGAAAUACAUGUAUGUAUAUGCUAAGUAAAUUAUUUGGAAAUAUUUUAUCGGCUCCUAGCUCUGUAAGUUAGUUUAAUUUUUAAUUUGAUAUGUGUUUAUAAUACACCAGAAUCUGUCUAUUAUUGCAGUGAUGUAAUUUAAAAUGAGAAUCUCUCGAAUAGAACUAGAACGUA